UACGAAUCUCCAUAACGAAACCAAUAAUUGAUAUCUCGUGGAAGGUGCAUCUCAUCUCUCAAUCUUGUCGUCUUCUUCAGUGACACCUUCCACGUGACAAACCUCCAGAUAGGUCACUGUUGCGUUUGCGUUUCAGUCUCCAGUUUGGUGUGUUUUUCUCUCUGUCGUUGACUUUAAGAUUCCCACGGUCAACGCGAAGACCAAACACUCUCCUCUUUUCAGGUAACUUCGGAUCCAAGAUGUCAGAGAACAGUGUUAGGUCUAGGGUUAUGGAUAUCCUCAGUGGUAUCGUCCCUCUGAUGAAACUCAUCUCCUUAACCUUAAUCGGUCUCCUUCUUGCUCACCCCAAGACACAACUAGUCCCAAGAGCAACCUUUCGUCUCUUAAGCAAACUCGUCUUUGCUCUCUUCUUACCUUGCUUGAUCUUCACCGAGCUAGGAGAAAGCAUUACCCUAGAUAACAUCGUCCGUUGGUGGUUUAUUCCGGUUAACGUCCUGCUCAGUACUGUUAUUGGUUCUUUUAUAGGAUACUUGGUUGUUCUCAUAUGUAGACCACCUCCAGAGUUCACUAGAGUCACUAUUGUAAUGACUGCUUUUGGCAACACUGGGAAUCUCUUGCUAGCGAUUGUCAGCUCUGUUUGUCACUCUAAGAACAAUCCUUUUGGGUCUGGUUGUAACUCUAGAGGGGUUUCUUACGUGUCGUUUGCGCAGUGGGUUGCUGUGAUACUUGUGUAUACCGUUGUGUAUCAUAUGAUGGAACCACCUUUGGAGUAUUACGAGGUUGUUGAGGAUGAAGGUGGGGUUGAUGAGAUAGAGGAGGUUAAUGUGGCUUCUAAUGAUGUGAGCAGACCUCUUCUUGUUGAAGCUGAGUGGCCAGGGAUUGAGGAGAAAGAGACAGAACAUUGCAAGACGCCGUUCAUUGCAAGAGUCUUUAAUAGUAUCUCCAGUUAUUCACAGACUUCUCUCCCUGAAGUUGAUCUCAUGGGUGAAACAGGAGGUGAGAGUUCAAGCCCGAGGUCUCUUCAGUGUUUAGCUGAGCCGAGAGUUAUAAGGAGGAUGAGAGUGGUGGCUGAACAGACUCCAGUUAAACACAUACUCCAACCACCAACGAUAGCUUCUUUACUAGCCAUCAUUGUUGGAUCAGUACCUCAGCUGAAAAGUAUUGUCUUUGGUUACGAUGCUCCGCUCUCAUUCAUCACAGAUAGUUUGAAUAUUAUGGCAAGUGCGAUGGUUCCUUCUGUGAUGCUUGUACUUGGUGGUAUGCUCUCUGAAGGACCAAGAGAAUCAACUCUUGGGCUACGUACAACGAUUGGUAUAACUGUUGCAAGACUCCUUGUGCUUCCUUUAGUUGGGAUAGGGAUUGUGAUGUCAGCUGAUAAGCUUGGUCUCAUCUCUCCGGAUCCCAUGUUUAAGUUUGUGCUUCUCUUGCAGUAUUCUACUCCAAGUGCUAUUUUACUUGGAGCUAUAGCGAGUCUGAGAGGUUAUGCGGUUAGAGAGGCUUCUGCGGUUUUGUUUUGGCAGCAUGUGUUUGCGUUGUUGUCUCUUACGUUCUACAUUAUCAUCUUCUUCAGGCUCACCGUUGAUAAUGUCCAAGGUAUCCCAUAAAAAAAAAUGAAUAUACAAGUUUUCUUUGUAAACAGUGUGACGGAUCAAAUACGUUGGUUUUUUAUUUGUGUAUGUGUUGGUGAAUAAGGUAGCCCACUUGAAAACUCAUUUUUAAACUGUAUGAACCGUGCACUUAUCUCAUUCUCUUUGUUCAUUCCAACUACAAAAGUCUGUAUUGUACAAUCUCAACACCUUGCAGAACCAAAAUACGGUAAAAAUGC